CCAGGCCACCUCCACGGUGGUCUCGGUGUCCAGACCCUUGUAGACUGUCUUGAAGGAUCCUCGGCCAAUCUCGAUGUUGAACUUGAGGAAGCGUCCGUCCGGAGAAGACGCCACCGCCUUGGUCUCCGCCUCGUCGUGCUCCUCCUCUUCCUUCUGUUGCCACGGUAACGCCUCCCUGUUGGACGACAACAACGCCACCUCCAUAUCCCCCCCCUCCUCGGAGCUGCUGUCCGACUGGACGUCCGGGGACUGGUCCGCCUGGAUGGAGUCGGGAAGAGGACGGGCGAGCGUCUCAGGCUUCAUGGUGUCUUCAUGUGGGUCUGGACCAGCAGAUGUUCCUGCCGUCCCUCCUCUGACAUGCUCUAUCAGCCGGGGGCAGAUGGUAGGAGGGGUUAGGGCAAGCCCCGCCCACAGACACCUGGAAGACAACAGCUCCAGAAUGUGUGAACAUUUCCAUGGAAACGUCCUAAUUACCAGUGUUUUACGUACCGGUACGUUGGUUGAGUACCACUUUUACGGCAAGUUCAUAAAGUCAAGACUUUCACUUUCCACCGCUGCGCAGAGCGGGAAGCGGAAGUCGAUUACUCACGUCUCGAUGAAUGUUUUCCGGGAUCUGCUCGUACUGCCUGCGUCGUCCCACAAUCCUUUGCGCCGCGUAAUAGUUGCCAGUCAUUGUAGAGAACGCUAGAGCGGACGCUAGCCCGUCAGAAGCUGCCUUUGUUGUGUGAACUGCUUCUUUUCCACAAGCACACCAUGAAGGAGACGGCGGCCAAGCGGCGGGACCGAGCGGGAGGCCGAGACCGGGACUCCAAGGCCGACAAGCCGAAGGAGGUCGGCGCCGAGCCGCAGGACGUGGAGAUGCCGGAGGCGGAGGCUGCUAGCUCGGCUAAGCAGCCCAAAGAGACGGACAGUCUGACUUUGGACGACAUCAAGGAGCACGUCAAGCAGAUCGAGAAGGCCGUGUCGGGGAAGGAGCCUCGCUUCGUCCUGCGGGCGCUUCGGGCGCUGCCGUCGACGAGUCGGCGCCUCAACACGCUGGUGCUGCACAAAGCCAUCAGCGGCUUCUUCACCAACAACGCCGCCACCAGAGACUUCCUGCUGGCCUUCCUGGACGAGCCCAUGGACAUGGUGGACGGAGACGUGCCCUUUCGUCCCAGGACGGGGAAGGCGGCGUCCAGUCCGCUGCUGCCAGAGGUGGAAGCGUACCUGCAGCUGCUGCUGGUGGUCCACCUGACCAACAACAAGAGGUUCACUGAGGCUCAGAAGGUGUCUGAUGACCUGCUGUGCAAGAUUGCCUCCAAGAACCGCAGGGCUCUGGACCUGGUGGCCGCCAAGUGCUACUACUACCAUGCCAGGGUCUAUGAGUUCCUGGGCCAGUUUGACACCAUCCGCAGCUUCCUGCACACUCGCCUACGCACGGCGACCCUGCGCCACGACGCCGACGGCCAGGCGGUUCUUCUGAACCUUCUGCUGAGGAACUACCUGCACUUCAACCUGUACGACCAGGCCGAGAAGCUCGUCUCCAAGUCCGUCUUCCCCGAACUCGCCAACAACAACGAGUGGGCCCGAUACCUCUACUACACAGGUCGCAUUAAAGCCAUCCAGCUGGAGUACUCGGAGGCUCGCAGGACUCUAACCAACGCACUGAGGAAAGCGCCUCAACACACUGCUGUGGGCUUCAAACAGACGGUCCACAAGCUGCUGAUCGUGGUGGAGUUGUUGCUAGGAGAGAUUCCUGACAGGCUUCAGUUCAGACAGCCGUCACUCAAGAGGUCUCUGAUGCCCUACUUCCUGCUGACUCAGGCGGUGAGGACGGGGAACCUGUCCAAGUUCAACCAGGUGCUGGAGCAGUUUGGGGAGAAGUUCCAGGCUGACGGCACGUACACGCUCAUCAUCCGCCUGAGACACAACGUCAUCAAGACUGGUGUGCGCAUGAUCAGCCUGUCCUACUCUCGCAUCUCGCUGGCCGACAUCGCUCUCAAGCUGCAGCUGGACAGCCCGGAAGACGCCGAGUUCAUCGUAGCCAAGGCCAUCAGAGACGGCGUCAUCGAGGCGAGCAUCAACCACGAGAAAGGCUUUGUCCAAUCCAAGGAGACCAUGGACAUCUACGGCACCCGAGAACCUCAGCUGGCGUUCCACCAGAGGAUCUCCUUCUGCUUGGACAUCCACAACAUGUCUGUCAAGGCGAUGAGGUUCCCACCAAAGGCCUACAACAAAGACCUGGAAUCAGCAGAGGAGCGUCGGGAACGUGAACAGCAGGAUCUGGAGUUCGCCAAAGAAAUGGCAGAAGAUGACGACGACAGCUUCCCCUGAGCCCCUCUGCCGACUUCCUGUCCAGACAGGAAGCGGGUGUAUUUGUUGGCUGCAAUGGUCCUGUCCUCUUCUUGAUUUUUUUUUUUGUUUUUGCUGUGGAGUAUGAACCAAUAAAAGAUGGCGACUUUGUUCACA